AUGGACGCCCAACGCGCGCUGCUCGACAGCCUCAUGGGCUUGAACCGCGACGGCGACCGUCCAGAUGACGACGCCAGUAUGGACUUCCGCCACCCUAAGGUCUGUAAACCCUACUUGUGCGGCCUGUGUCCGCGCGACUUGUUCCAGAACACGCGCCUGGACUUGGGCACCUGCAAGUCGCUACACCUUCCGACGCUGCGCUCGGCCUACGUGGAGCAGAAAUCGACUCGAGACUUUGGUUACGAGCGCGAGCUGAUCAACGAACUGUCGAAGCUGCUGGCCGACGUGGAAAAAAAGAUUGCGCGUGCACAGCGGCAAGAAGCUGCGCACGCUUGGCGGACCAUUUUGGGGGCAAAGUGCACGUCGGAUAUGUGCAGAUUCGACGGAAGCUGA